AUGGGAAGUCCAGACGGCAUACGCUGGGAAAUGGGGAGGGACGUGAGAACGUGUCGUUUCCACGUCCCGCGAUUCAGUCUGUUGCUGGCGGCCGUGUUUCUUCUGUCGCUAGUAGCCCUGCAGCAGCAGACCGCGUUUGCUCAAGCCGUCAACGGAACCGACUGGAAGACGCUGCUGCGCAUCCGCAACGAGCUCAACUUCACCAACCCCGCGCGCAGCCCCAAGGCGUACUGGAAGAGCGCCAAGAGCUGCGACGAGCUCUUUGGGGUUAUCUGCGACGACCUUGGAUACGUUGUUGCGCUCACGCUGUAUGGGGUCAACGGCUCUCUCCCCAACGCCAUUGGCGAACUGCCCUCCCUCGCCUUCCUGUCUGCAGGCAACAAUGUCACUUCCAUCCCUUCCACCCUCUCCCUUCUCAACGCCACACUCACCUCCCUCCAUCUGAGCAACAACCAGAUCUCAGGGACUUUCCCCAAGGGGAUUACGUUGCUGACAGCACUGCAGCAACUCAACAUGGCUCAAAACAGGCUCACCGGCAGCUUACCUGUUGGCAUCUCCCGGUUAUCCUCUCUCACCUUCAUCCGGAUGGACGGAAAUCGGCUGGAUGGGCCAAUCCCGUCACAAAUAUCGACUAUGUCCGCCCUCUCCUACCUCUCAUUGCGAGGCAACCAGCUUACAGGGUCCAUCCCAGCCUCCAUCUCUCGCGUGCAAGCUCUGCAGCUAAUUGACCUCCGCAACAACUCCCUCACUGGCUCAAUCCCAUCUGAGAUCGGCUCCCUCUCAAAACUCAUCUGGCUGUACCUGAGCAACAAUAAGAUCUCGGGCUCUCUGCCAUCCACUAUGGGAAAACUCUCUCGACUCAGAUAUUUUUUCGCAAACGCCAACUCUCUCUCAGGGUCCAUCCCAGCCACCGUAUCCAGCCUCCUCUCCCUCAGCUACCUCUCCGCCAGUGGCAACCAGCUCUCAGGCUCCCUUCCUGCUAACAUCACUGCCUUGUCUAAACUCGGCUUCCUGCAGCUCGAUCAUAACGCCCUCUCAGGCUCCCUGCCAGAGAACAUGACUUCUCUCACCAACAUGGUGUUCCUGGACCUCUCUUACAAUGCUCUCGCAGGCACGCUGCCUUCCUUCUGUGGCAGUGCCAUGGCCAAUCUUCACACCGUCGAUCUAUCAGACAAUGCAUUGGUGGGAUCGCUGCCCUCUGCCCUGGCCAACUGCUCCACCCUCAUCAACCUCGAUUUAAGCAACAACGCACUGAGUGGCCGGAUAGACACCAUACUCUCCAACCUCUCCUCCCUCUCCUCGCUUAACCUAUCUCGCAACUACUUCAGUGGUGGGCUUCCCUUGCUCCCCUCCACAGAGCAGAUCUCAACCGUUGAUCUCACCCACAACUUCUUCUACGGCCCGGGCCACAUAACAGACAGCCAAGGCCGCCCGCUCUGCCAGUCCGCCGACCGGACGCUCGCCCUGGGCGGCAACUGCGUCGUUUUCGACGCGACGCUCGCCCCGCUUUGCUCGUCUGAAGUGCAGAAAGAAGCCACUGCCUGCAAGAUGUUCUGUUCCACUAAUAUGACCUCUUCGGGAAGGUUUCAGGAGAAUGCGCAGUGUGGCGGGCUGGGUACAUGCGAGGCUGUGGUUGCAAGUGCUGGGGCUGGUGGGGUGGUUGGUGGCGCUAGUGGUGGGCUUGGCGGAGGUAGUUUGAGCAGCAACAGCAACAGCACCACCACCAGCAGCAGCAGCAGCAGCAAGAAGGGUGGUAAAGCUGAUAGUAGCACGGCCGCCAGCAAGAGUGCCAGCAAGGGUGGCAGUAAGAGUGGGAAGCAGAGCAGCACACCAGCAGCAGCGUCAAAAGCAGCGGCAGUGGAUACUGGGAGAGUGACCUUUGCAUGCAACUGCCCGGCCGAUAUUGCCUUGCCAACCCCAGACGGCAUGUCCUGUGCUAUUAUCGCCAAGCCUCCCCCACCACCGCCUCCCCCAAGCCCACCUCCUCGACCCCCCCCUCGCCCCCCUCGCCCUCCCCCUAAUCCUCCCCCUCAGCCUCCCCCCAGCCCUCCCCUAAGUCCUCCCCCUCAACCUCCUCCCAGCCCUCCCCCUAGCCCACCUCCCCCCAACCCUCCCCCGAACCCUCCCCCUCAACCUCCCCCAAGCCCUCCCCCAAGUCCCCCUCCUAACCCCCCUCCCCCCAGCCCUCCUCCACCUAACCCUCCCCCAAAUCCACCCCCUCAACCGCCCCCCAGCCCUCCUCCUAGCCCUCCCCCAAGUCCCCCCCCUAGCCCCCCUCCCCCUAGCCCACCACCGCCCAACCCUCCCCCUAGUCCUCCCCCUCAACCUCCCCCCAGCCCUCCCCCAAGCCCCCCACCUAACCCUCCUCCCCCUAGCCCACCUCCCCCCAGCCCUCCCCCUCAACCUCCCCCCAGCCCUCCCCCUAAUCCUCCCCCUCAACCUCCCCCCAGCCCACCCCCAAGCCCGCCACCUAAUCCCCCUCCCCCUAGUCCACCUCCCCCCAGCCCUCCACCUAAUCCCCCUCCCCCUAGCCCACCUCCUCCCAGCCCUCCCCCUAGCCCUCCCCCUCAACCUCCCCCCAGCCCUCCCCCAAGCCCCCCACCUAACCCCCCUCCCCCUAGCCCACCUCCCCCCAGCCCUCCCCCCAGCCCUCCACCUAAACCCCCUCCCCCUAGCCCACCUCCCCCCAACCCUCCCCCCAGCCCUCCACCUAACCCCCCUCCCCCUAGCCCACCUCCUCCCAGCCCUCCCCCUAGCCCUCCCCCUAAACCUCCCCCCAGCCCUCCCCCUAAUCCUCCCCCUCAACCUCCCCCCAGCCCACCCCCAAGCCCCCCACCUAAUCCCCCUCCCCCUAGCCCACCUCCCCCUAGCCCUCCCCCAAAUCCCCCCCCUCAACCUCCCCCAAGCCCACCCCCGAGCCCCCCACCUACCCCCCCUCCCCCUAGCCCACCUCCCCCUAACCCUCCCCCAAAUCCCCCCCCUCAACCUCCCCCCAGCCCACCCCCGAGCCCCCCACCUACCCCCCCUCCCCCUAGCCCACCUCCCCCUAACCCUCCCCCAAAUCCCCCCCCUCAACCUCCCCCCAGCCCACCCCCGAGCCCCCCACCUACCCCCCCUCCCCCUAGCCCACCUCCCCCUAACCCUCCCCCAAAUCCCCCCCCUCAACCUCCCCCUAGCCCACCCCCGAGCCCCCCACCUACCCCCCCUCCCCCUAGCCCACCUCCCCCUAACCCUCCCCCAAAUCCCCCCCCUCAACCUCCCCCCAGCCCACCCCCGAGCCCCCCACCUACCCCCCCUCCCCCUAGCCCACCUCCCCCUAACCCUCCCCCAAAUCCCCCCCCUCAACCUCCCCCCAGCCCUCCCCCAAGCCCCCCUCCUCAUCCCCCUCCCCCUAGCCCACCUCCCCCCAGCCCUCCCCCUCAUCCUCCCCCUCAACCUCCUCCCAGCCCCCCACCUAGUCCUCCCCCUAAACCGCCCCCUAGCCCUCCCCCUAACCCUCCCCCUCAACCUCCUCCCAGCCCUCCCCCAAACCCCCCACCCAAUCCUCCUCCCCCUAGCCCACCUCCCCCAAGCCCACCUCCUAGCCCCCCUCCCACUUCAACCCUGCAGGUUCAAUCAACCACCCCUACUGCUCCACCCCCCUCACCGCCACCAUUGUCGCCCUCUCCUCCUCCCUCCUCCCCGCCUCCCCCGAGCCCGCCUCCCCCCUCGCCUUCCCCUCCUCCUCCCCCUUCCCCCUCGCCUCCCCCUCCUCGUCCCCCUUCACCUCCCCCUCCCCCCAGUCCACCACCGCCCCCACCCCCGCCGAAUUUGUGCAUGUGGAAUGGAAACAAAUGGAUCUGCCCGCCGGGUCAGGGUGCCCCUAGUUGGUCACCUGUAGUGUAG